GCGUGGUCCGUCUUUAGCUAGACCCGGCCGGGCGCUGGGCUGAUUCAUUCGGGGGCUGGAGCUAGGAACGUCGACGUCGGCUCCGGCGCUGGGCUCAGCCUCACUCCCAAUUGGCUGGGCCUCCGGGCCGCCCUCCUCCGCGCGCCACCCCUGGGUUCCCUUCUCAGUCCGCAAUAGAGCCACUGCCCUCUCCCUUCUUGACCCCUGGCCCUUCCUCCCCUUCUUCCCUCCCUACCGCUGCCGCUGUCGCUUCUGGCGCCGCUGCUCCCGGAGGAGCUCCUGGCUCGGUGAUGGGGUCCCGGGCCUCCACGUUACUGCGGGACGAAGAGCUCGAGGAGAUCAAGAAGGAAACUGGCUUUUCCCACAGUCAGAUCACCCGCCUCUACAGCCGGUUCACCAGCCUGGACAAAGGAGAGAAUGGGACUCUCAGCCGGGAAGACUUUCAGCGGAUUCCAGAACUUGCCAUCAACCCACUGGGGGACCGGAUCAUCAAUGCCUUCUUUCCAGAGGGAGAGGACCAGGUAAACUUCCGAGGAUUCAUGAGGACCUUGGCUCAUUUCCGACCCAUUGAGGAUAAUGAAAAGAGCAAAGAUGUGAAUGGACCAGAACCACUCAACAGCCGAAGCAACAAACUGCACUUUGCUUUUCGACUGUAUGACUUGGAUAAAGAUGACAAGAUAUCCCGUGAUGAACUGUUACAGGUGCUACGCAUGAUGGUCGGAGUGAAUAUCUCAGAUGAGCAGCUGGGCAGCAUCGCAGACAGGACCAUCCAGGAGGCUGAUCAGGAUGGGGACAGCGCCAUAUCUUUCACAGAAUUUGUUAAGGUUUUGGAGAAGGUGGACGUAGAACAAAAAAUGAGCAUCCGAUUUCUUCACUAAAGGACUGAGACCAAACUGUUCCUUGCUUUCUAGUAUUUAAGAACUGGAACUUGAAAGUCCUCCUGUCCACCAGCCCCACCUCCAUCCCAUCAUUCCCCUUCUCCCAAAGUACUACUGCUGUUGCAUGACAACCCCAAAUAUGUUCCAUCAACACAAACCUGCCUUUGGUGUAUAAACAGGGCAUUACAGAAUGGUACACCCCGUCUAAUUCUGUUCAGUAUCAUUCGCUGGAUAUCUCCAUUUCUAAAUAUCAUCUCCCCCUGUUCUGCUGCUGAAUGCCACGUGUCCAUCCAGUCUGAGAAGUGAGAGGGAUUCAUGCCAAGAACCAGCCAGCAAAGCUCUCUGACUGGAUGUGGACCGUAGCCAUGCUGCCUUCCCCCCAGCUUGGCUCUGGCAUGCUCCUUCAUCCUUUUUUUAUACGUCCUUUGCUUCCUACUUCUCUUUCACCCAAUCUACCAUUCACUUAAUCUUUCAGGGUCCCUGCUUUUUAUUAAGCUUCAGUCCCCUCUGUUCUACUUGGCACCCCAAGCUAUGCCUGUUAAAUGUAUUUCUGACUUGGCAGUAUAGUUCAGUGGUCUGGCAGUUUUUAAUCUACUUUUACUCUUAAAUGGGUCUUUGGGGUGUUGCCUCUUCAGGAGCUUUUCAGUCAAUACUUCUCUCAGAAGAAUGUCUUGACCGUCUCUUGGUCCCCUCUGCUCUGUCACCAAAGGGCUGUUUGUUGGAGAUGUUCUUGAAAGAUAAGGGUUAUAGAGACAAGUCUUCUGGGUGGCUUGCCCAGGUCGCUCUACCUCUGGCCUCCGAUUCUCAACAUACAUACCUACGUGGCUGCUCCUGUCAGUACAGUGUUGACUCUCCACAAAUUAGCCAUAUGCCUGCAGGCUUGCUUAGUUUGAGGAUGCUGUCACCACCAGAAUAGCCGCUCUGACAAUAUGCUUGUCAGCGGUGUUUUCUCAUGGCUGCUUGAACAAGGAGACUGGGCACCCUAAAAGUAUUCCCACCUCUGCAGCAUGGUUUAUGCCUCAGUGCUGUGUGCCCUGGAAUGUUUUUCACUUCACAUUUCCAAGUAGAAAGAUAAGUGCCUAACUUAUCCCAGUCCACAAGAUUUAAAGAUUGUCCUCAGUGUCUUGAGGUUUUGCACAAAAUUCUCUAUGAAUUUUACACCUGGCACAUGUUACUGCUGGAAGCCAUAGUCAGCUCCUACUACAGGUCCAAAGCAUUGAAUGUAUCGUAUCAUUAGCUGCCUGGUUACAAUGACAUCCUAGCUCCUCUCUUAGACCACUGCUAAUCCCUUAGGAACAAGGGCUCUGGCACUGGUGGCACGACCUGAGGUGGCAUUAUAGGCCUUUGCAUGAACCAGAGCAACUUCUCUGCCUAAGUCAGCUUAGUAUAGACCUCAUUGAAUCAGGCUGUUAUUAUCCUAACAUCUGUCUUUAUGAGUCUCUUCAUCCAUACAUCUGUCCUUGGCUGAUUUUCUCUGACUCAUUGCUUGCUUGCUGUUUCCUUGCUUUGGAAGGCUAUCCAAGAUGUAUACACAAUACUUUAGGAAGGGAAUUACUUUAAAAAAAAAAAAAAAAAAAAAACACUGCAAAGGGAUUAGGAAGAGUGGAGAAGAAAGAGAAGAGUGGCCAGGCUGGAUGACUCAAGUAUAAAUGACUGAGGAAUUCUUGGUGAAGUAUCAGUCUGACUUUGUGAUCAAGUGAUGUAAUAUAGGAAUUGUAUAAAAGGGAAGAAUUGUCUGACACUAGUCUGUUAGAGAGGUACUUCAGAGGCUCCUUGACCUGCAUAUUUAAAGUUCCUAAGAUUAUGGCUUUUUGCUCCUUUUGGCUGUAUAGCAAACUGUUUUAAUCCACAGUUGUGCCUUAUUGUUCCAUUAAAAUUGUAUUCUUUGAUCCAUCGAUAAAUACUUGUGGUUAAAACAAAA